UGAAACGUCUGCAAGUCAGCCACAAGGAAGCGACGCAUGACAAAAAAAGCGAGGUUCACAACAGCAGAUUUAGUUUUAGUAACGGGAGUUUUAAUAAAAUGGGUUUCUUUUAGUCGAGCAAAAAGGCUUGGAGCAUAAAAAAUCAAAGAAUAACUUCGUUAAACAUGAGCUUCGCUGUGUUCUCGUAUGAGGCUUUGGUCCAUGCCGUCUCAGGAGCCAUGGGAAGUGUCACCGCCAUGACGGUAUUCUUCCCUCUUGAUACGGCCAGACUGAGGCUCCAAGUGGAUGAACAUAGGAAGGCCAAAUCAACACCAGCCAUUCUGGCAGAAAUUAUCAAAGAGGAAGGACUAUCAGCCCUGUACAGAGGCUGGUUCCCCGUCAUCUGCAGCCUGUGCUGCUCCAACUUUGUUUACUUCUACUGCUUCCACAGCCUCAAGGCCAGCUGGCUGAAGGGAAAGCAGUCGGCACCAAGCACUGACUUAAUCAUAGGCAUUGCUGCAGGUGUUGUAAACGUCCUGCUCACCACUCCUUUGUGGGUGGUCAACACCAGACUGAAGCUUCAGGGUUCCAAAUUUCGCAAUGCAGAUAUAAGGCCCACCAACUACUCUGGCAUUCUGGAUGCAUUUGCUCAGAUCAUCCGUGAUGAGGGCGUGGGGGCCCUGUGGAACGGGACCUUCCCGUCUCUGCUGCUGGUGCUGAACCCAGCAAUCCAGUUCAUGAUUUACGAAGGCCUGAAGAGGCAUCUGAAGAGAGGAGUUCCCAGGGAGCUGUCAUCUGUUGAGGUCUUCAUCAUCGGCGCAGUUGCCAAAGCGGUUGCCACCAUUGUUACGUACCCGCUGCAGACUGUACAGUCCAUUCUCAGGUUUGGUCAGUUCAGUGAGUCAACAAACGAGCCAAAACUACUGUCCAGCAUAAGAGCGAUCAAGUGUCUAUUGGUCAACAGAGUCAGGAAAUACGGCAUGUUGGGUCUGUUUAAAGGCCUCGAGGCCAAGCUGCUGCAGACGGUGCUGACUGCUGCACUCAUGUUCCUCCUCUAUGAGAAUAUUGCCAGCUGCACCUUCAGAGCCAUGGGACUGAGCAGCAAGCACUACAAGAGACGCUAGCUAGCUUCACAACCGUGGACAUUUCACACAUUAAAAGCACUGACUGACUAUCGUGAUCACUGCUCACAGAGCUCACACAUGGUGAUGUCAUCCUACAAAUACUCCAAUAAAUACUACAUAAUAAUACUACAACCAAUAAAACACUACAAACUUAAAGUCAACCUCUCUUUGUCUGUAAAAUCCUGAGUUGAUGGAUGGUUAUGCGGCGGUCCAACUCUGAAAUAAACAGAACACACAUUCAACAGACAGAUUUAGAAAGAGUUAACACAGCGGACAUCUUACAGGACAGUAAUUUAUGUCGGGAAACAACAAAAGAACCUGAAGUAUAACUAAAUCAGUUUUUUGGAUCAGUCUGAAUAUAAACAUUUCCAUAAACACACGCAAACAUGUUGGGAAUAAUUCACAAAACUUUCAUGAUAUAUUAUCACAACUCUCUUUAUAAAGCAGGUUUUCUAAACAGUCACAAAUCAAUGAAAAUGUUAUAAUAAAUAAGUUUAACCAAAAAUACUGGACUAUAUUUGACUGAUACUACCUGUUUAUUGUGACUGAAGUUUUAAAUGUAGGAAUCAAAUGAGUAAAACGAAUGAAACGUGAGAGAUAUGAAAAUAGGACAUGGGAAAUAAAUAUAAUACGUUUCGUUAAAAUGACUGACUACAACUUUGGACAGUAAAUUGCAUAAAUUAAGCACAAAUAUUUCAAGAGAAACGAGCAAGAUUCCUUAAAGCAGUUCAGAUAAAGGUUAAAAAUAGUGAAAUAAGAUAGAGCUCUUGACAUAAUUUUGAGAAUAAUAAGUACAUGCAAUUUAAGAUAACGAUUAUCUUGAUAUAUUUGCACAUUUAGUAUUU